GCCCGGCCGUCGCCUUUGUUGCCCGCGGCCCGCGGCUGUGCGAGGCCGGGGCUCGGCGAGGCCUGGGCGGCGGCUGGGCCUAGGAAUCCGGCCGGGUCCGGGCGCCCGGAGCGGGAGCGCGGGGUCUGCGCCGUCCUCACCGGGCCGGGAAGUCGCGUCUGGGGACCACAUUCAGAGUCCCUAGCGGGACCCCGGCUGCUCCGCCGGCCGAGGGGCUGCGAAGGGACGCGCAGAAGGGCUGAGGCAUUUAAACUGCCGGGAUCCCGCACAGGCCUGCCCUCCCCGUGUGCUCCAGGAGUUGGCAACUUCAGCGAUGCCUGGGCAGCAAGGGGCUCUAGUCAGAACUGUGCUGAAGAUGAGCCUGGGUCAGAUCGGAAGGACUGAGCACCUGUGUGUCUGUGCAGUACACAUGAGAGCAAAAAGCAGGGUGUGAAAUAAAGGACAAUAGGCUGUUCUUGAAACAUCCAUCCAGUGUUUGCCCAGCAUGUAGCGGUUGUCUCACUCUGGGAUGACAUCUUAAUAGAUAAAAGAGCUCCAGAGGUUAAAUGAAGCUGGAGAAAGUUCAUCAAUGCAGCUUCAUGGCCCCUCCAGAUGUCUGGGGAUAGCAUCCAGAGAGAAAUUGACCCCCUUGGAUUAGGUCACUAGUCAUAAUGAAGAAAAUUAGUCUGAAAACCUUUCGAAAAUCCUUCAACCUAAGUAAAAGCAAAGACGAAACCGAGUUCAUGGUGGUUCAGCCCCAGUCCCUUGCCGGUGACUUCGGGAAAGAUGACUCCUUGUUCGGGAGCUGCUACGGUAAAGACAUGGCCAGCUGCGACGUCAGCAGUGAGGAUGAGAAAGGGAAGAACAGGUCCAAGAGCGAGAGCCUGAUGGGCACCCUGAAGAGGCGGCUGUCGGCCAAACAGAAGGCCAAGGGUAAGGGCGGCACUGCGUCCACAGAUGAAGACGCCUUCUCGUCGGCCUCUGCGCCAGGUGGCCUCAAGGACGUGCGGGCCCAGCGACCCAUCCGCUCCACGUCACUGCGCAGCCACCACUACAGCCCCACACCGUGGCCCCUGCGACCCACAAGCUCAGAGGAGACGUGCAUCAAGAUGGAGAUGCGCGUGAAGGCGCUGGUGCAUGCUGCCAGCCCGGGCCCGGUCAACGGUGUGCGCAAGGAACUGCGGGAGCUGCAGCCCAGGGAGUUGCGGGAGCUGCAGCCCAGGGAGCUGCGCGACCUGCAGCUCGAGCCCCGCCCAGAGCCCCACUGCAGCCCUAGCUCGCCCGGGGACCUGCGCCUCCAUCUGGAGGAACACGUGCCUGUAGUUAUCGGACUCAUGUCUCAGGACUAUCUUCAGUACACCGUGCCUUUAGACGACGGGAUGUGUGCUCUGGAAGGGCCGCGCAGCUGCUGCCUGGACACGUCCUCACCCAUGGAGGUGUCCGCCGUGCCCACGCCGGGGACAGGUGGCACCUUUGCGGAGGACGACAGUCAGUUGGACCAGGACCUGGUCAUUGCCCCUGAGAUCCUCGUGGAUCCAUCAAUGAAUGGCUUGUUGAUUGGCACCACGGGAGUCAUGUUGCAGAGCCCCAGAGCAGGUCCCGACGACGUCCCUCCCCUCUCACCGUUGCUACCUCCAAUGCAGAAUAACCCCAUCCAAAGGAACUUCAGUGGUCUCUCGGGCACGGAUGCCCACGUGGCUGAAAGCGUGCGCUGUCAUUUGAAUUUUGAUCCCAACUCUGCACCCGGGGUUGCGAGAGUUUAUGACUCCGUUCAAAGUAGUGGUCCCAUGGUUGUGACAAGCCUUACGGAGGAGCUGAAGAAGCUUGCGAAACAAGGGUGGUACUGGGGCCCGAUCACACGCUGGGAGGCUGAGGGGAAGCUGGCAAACGUGCCAGAUGGUUCUUUUCUUGUUCGGGAUAGCUCUGAUGACCGAUAUCUUUUGAGCCUGAGCUUUCGCUCCCAUGGGAAAACACUUCACACUAGAAUCGAGCACUCCAAUGGUAGGUUUAGCUUUUACGAACAGCCAGAUGUGGAAGGGCAUACGUCUAUAGUUGACUUAAUUGAGCAUUCAAUCAGGGACUCUGAGAACGGAGCGUUUUGUUAUUCAAGGUCUCGGUUGCCUGGAUCUGCAACCUACCCGGUCAGACUGACCCAUCCGGUGUCACGGUUCAUGCAGGUGCGUUCUUUGCAGUACCUUUGUCGCUUUGUUAUACGUCAGUAUACCAGAAUAGACUUAAUUCAGAAACUGCCUUUGCCAAACAAAAUGAAGGAUUAUUUACAGGAGAAGCACUACUGAGAGAUUGAGACCCUUGCAUCGUGCACUUUGGGAUUCAGAAAAGGAGAUUGAAACACAGUUUACAAACUUACAUCGCCAUCGAAAUCUUUUGCUGCCAUAACUAUUUUAGUUUUAUGUGUGAAAGAGUCAUCGAUUUGUUUAGGGUGGGGAAGUGUCUGCAAGGCAUCUUGGGUUUAUUUUGGUUUUUGGAAAGGGAUGUCUUGAGAGUCUAGAAGUGUGAAUUAUCUUUCCUUAAUGUGCAGAAUAAUCACAAUGUGAAUGACCAGAUUUUCCUUACCCUCCCCCAGUCCUUGCUGCUAUCCACUGUGAUUCUUAUGCAUUAAAAGCACAUUUCAUGUGUAUUCAACCUAAGUAAAGUUGAAUGAAACUUAAAAUGAGAAUAACUAUAACUUUAAAUGGCCCAUUUUUCAAAUGAUGGUGUUGAAUAAACAUGUGUGUGAUAAAACAUUAUUUACAUAUACACUGAAAAAUGAUUUUUUAAUCUCAUAUUUUAAAAAGAUUUAUUUAGAAUUAUGAAUUGACAUAAUCUUGGUUAUGGAAUGCAAAUCUAUAGCAUAUCUUUUGCAACACUUUUCUUAAUUAUUUUUUAAGGUUGUGCUAAUUUUUUGGUUAUGAGAAGUUGAAAUUUUCUGUUGCCUUCAUUUGUAUCUUCUGGUUUAUCUAUUUUAACAAUGGCCUUACAUUAGAAAAUUGUAAUCAAAUAUAUGCCCAAUUUAGAAAUUGUUGCCUUUCCUGUCAUUAAACUCGGGUACAAAUUGGCGUAAUGUAAAGACCUAUAGAUCCCAAACCAUUAUUACAGAAAUGAGAUGACCCUGGUUUCUUGUGAGCAUUUUUUUUCGUGUGUGUGUAUGUUAUCUGUGCUUUCCUCUGGUUAAAUGUUUUAUCUAUGAUUUCUUUAGUCAACAUUUUUGUCCAUAAACUUGACAAGAUAAUUCAGUUUCAUAAAUAAGUUGGAUUCUUUUACAUUAAAGUUUAUGUAAGGUUAUAAAUUAAUUUGAAUAGAAAAAUUAUUUUAAAGUUGGAUUUAUAUCUUUCUUUUGUGUAGUUUUAUUAGUGUGUACUGGGUUUGACCAUUUUGACCACAGAAGCAGCAACCCUUAAUGACAUUAGUUGAAUAUUUUGGAAAUAGUGAAGCAUGAUGAGAAAACAAAUAUGUUGAAGCCCAGUUUGUACUGUGACUGCUUUUGAGAACAGGCUUUUGAGAUCAGGUUUGUUUUAGUUUAAUUCUUAAGUGAUUUGGCAUCUCUAAGUUUUUAUCAUUGUGUCAGUUUUAGGGGUUAGAGGAUGAUAUACCCAAUUUUAAAAAUUUAUUUUGUAAUGUGGACUUAAUUAAUUUCACAUUUCUGCAAUAGUAUCAUUACUAUUGUCACUAUGUUAUAUUUAAAGACUGCCCCAUUCAGAAGGAUUUCCAGCUACACAACCUUUAAAGGAAAAAUUUCCAGCUUAGAUGGAUGGAACAUGAUUUGAGAUCUUUUGUCACUUAAAGUGUUCUGUCACUCAGCACUUGCAAGAGUAAAAGUCUUAGAUCAGAUCUGUUGGUUUUAGCAUUGAAACAUAUUUUUGUCUUUACUUUUUUUCCCUACAUUUUGGGGUUAGAACUGAGAUACUACCAAGAAAAGGCACCCUGUCAUCUUGCUACAGUGUUAAUGGUAUUUUGACUUUAAGGGGAAAGGUACUUACUGUUGAUGGAAUGUUGAUUGUACCUUGUUACAAAGAGUUUCAUUUUCUGAUGUUUUCAUCUAAUGCAAUGGAAUAUGGAAUAUACUGUAAUAAUAUAAUUUAAGUGUUCACUAUAAGCUGUUUGGAUUAAAAACUAUUGCAGAGUAGUAGGCUUGUUAUCAAAUUAAUGCAAGACAUUUAACUAUUUUUUUGCAAAACUAUUUAUUUUUAAACAACUGAAAAAUAUAUCUAGGGUGAGUUGAAAGUCCCUACACGUCUAUGUUAGAUGGCAGGUGUUGUCACAGAGUCACUGUGUAUUGAUGAUAAAUGUUGAGAUGGCUUCUUCAUGUCCCUAGAAGCAUUUACAUGCCCUCUUCAAGAUCAUGGCCCACAGAAGUCUCUUGACUACCCCAACCAGUCUCAUAUGAUCAUAGCCUGUUCCCCACAUUUUCUCAUGAUACCUUGUAUUUAGGAUGUACCCAUUCAGUGUCAAGUUCUAAAUGUUUCUAAAAUUGGAUUUUGUGUGUUUUUUUAGGAUGAAUCUUUAUUCUAAUUCAGAAACCACCUUGAUGUUUGUCCUUUUGUGUUUUCAUAGUAUAAAAUGCUUUAAUGUGUCCUAUCCUAAUCCAAUUUGAAAUCAUUGGGUUCUGAUAGUUUAUAGAUUAUCAAAGCAUUUGCCAAGAAAUAAUAUUCACAAACAGAAAGGUAUAUUGCAAUGUUUCUACUUUUAUGUAGACAGACACCUGUUUGACAGAGGUGGGAGACAAUGUGGAUGAUUGGUUUCAUAUGACAGGCACCACACCAUUCUGGUAAAGUAGAAAGAGAAGUCUGUGUCCGGCAGCUUGGCUUAGAUGCAAUUUGGUUAACUUUCUGAGCUUAAGUGAUACAACACAAUCUGCACAUUUAAAAACCUUGAGUUAGGACAAGAAAAAAAAUAACAGGAAAGCUGUAUCCAUUUGGACAAGUGAAUCAGUUUUUUAAAUCAGAUAUUUCAUCACUGAACAUGAUAGAUGCCAGGUUGCUUUGAGGCUUCCUACCACUUUUAUAAAUAAGAAUGCUAUAGAAAGUACUUGAAAAAUAUCUCAUUCUUUCACUAAGGAAAACUGUUCUCUUUCUACCUGGUGCAAUAAUCUGAAAAUUUAAAAGGUCACAUAUCACAGGAAAUGACCAUAGAACUAAAAAUAAUUUUAAGGAAACGAGCUACAUAGGGCAACCAUCUUGCUAUUGAAGAAAGUCAUGUGUCAAAAGGCUAAAUCAUUGGCAUAGAGGAAACAAAACACAAAGUGUACAUCAUAACUUCUGAGCCAGUAUUACUGAAACAGGACAAAUAUGACUUAUGAUCUCACAGGUUUAUACAGUAUCUCUCCUAGUGCUACACAUCUCUUAACUGUUUUCAGGAAUGCCAAUGUUAUUAUACAUUUCACAUUGAAUAUGAAAGAUACUGCUAUAUGAAUGAUUCAAAAUAAUAUAUUUUGAUUUAAACAGAAUUGCUUUCAUUGAAUGUGAAGUGUUAAUUUGAAAAUGAAAUCACACUACCAGCAAUAGACAGUUUUGUUGAAUACUCUAAUAAGGAACAGUAGCCAGUUCCAUAAAUAACUUUAAAAUUCUAAAGAUAUUGGUACGUUAGAAAUCACAAAUUUUGUUCUUUUAAUACUUUUUUAAUCCUGUAAAAAAAGUUUUUAUAACACCCUUUUUAUUGAUUAGUCAUAACAUGGCAAAUGUAUACUCACUGUUUUUGAAAAGUGAUCCAAACUCUAUACCCAGAGAUGAUAAAUUCUUUUAGAAUUUCCUAAUAGUAUACAUAUUGGGGUGAGGAAGUCUCUUAGUUGUUGGUGUGCCAUGAAACUUAAAUACCUGCAAUCCAGAUUGCUGUAGUUUACACUUGCUCUGUAUGUUUCAAAUCAGGUGUGUACCAUUUGUACUGAGAACACCACAGAAUGAACUAUCCAAAGUCCAUUGAUUUUAAUGUGUUUUGGUUUGUAAGCAAAUUAUAGUAAUUUCUUGCACAUUUUUGGAAAUCAAUUGUAUAAAAAUUUAUGUAUCUACUUCUAGAUACAUUGUGUAAAUAAAAAUUUCGUUCACAAGA